UCGGAAAUUGAUAUUAGAACUGCUCCGAUUAAGCUACGUUUAAGCAAAGGAGGACUGGAUGGCAUUAAGACGGGAGCUGCCAUUUAUGGAGAUAGAGAAGAUGCCCUUGGUCACCUGUGCUCUCGUAAAGCUACUGAGUACAUUGAAACCCUCGACGAUGGCCAAAAGCAACAAGGCACUAUCCUUGAGAGGCUGCUAGUACCACAUUUGUCUGUAUCAGAGAGCGAUGGCUAUAAGCGUAUGUACAUGAACUUUGGAACAAUUCACGCAGUAAACGGCACUGAGUUCGCUGCUAAUGUCGAAGAACUUCAUAAAAUUUGUGAUGUUCUUCCCAACGGGUACGCGGUUUCAAGUGAUGACUUCGUUGAUCAAGCGGAAUUUCAGAAAAUAGUUCGCGAGGCAAGUACU